CAUGUGUUUGCAGUCUGCGCCAAUGAGGCUCACCACCGGUGUGCAUGCCAUGCUCAGGGUUCCAUAUUCUUCAGCCUCCAUGAUCUUGCGAGCGGAAGGGAGGGGAAGUGGGCAAACAGGAACUAGCAGCAUGCAUGCUUCUUAAAGGCAGGAACAGUACCCCCACCACCUUACCAUCAUCUUUCUACCUCAAAUUCAGUCGCUCCCUCCUCAGUUCAGUUGUACCCUCCUCACCACCUUCAACCCAUAAUCCAACUACUUCCACCACCUACCUCCACCAUGAAACUCCCCACCCACCUCCUCCUCCCCCUCCUCCCCCUAACCACCGCAACCCCCCACCUCCCACCCCGCGACACUACCCCCUUCACCACGGGCCUAACCACCAUCAUCGCCGCCGCCACCGCCCUCGACGCCCAAAUCCUGACCUACCCGGGCGGCGACGACAUCUCCAACAUCACCGCAGGCGCUGCGACGCUCAUCAACGCCCUCCUGGCCGAGACCAAAACCAUCCAACCGGACUUCCUGAACGCCACCGAGGCCACCGCCCUCCUACCACCCCUCGAGACCCUUGCCGCGCAGUUUUCCGUGGUGGUGGCCGGCUACAUCGGCAUCCACGCCGCGAUCGCCGCCACCGCCGCCUCCAGCGAUGGCGGCUGGUACAUCUACUCCCAGCUGCAGGAGGAGCACACCGCCGCCCUGAGCUACACCGGCAGCGUGGUGGCGCGGAUCCCGGCGGGUGCGAUCAAAGAUGCGGCGGCGGCGUGGGCGGGGAAUAUCACGGAUGCGUUGCUGGAUGGAAGGGAUGCGUAUAAGGAUAUUGCGGUGAGGCCGACGGGGUAUUGAUUGUGGUGGUUAGGGUGGUUAUUGGGGGAAUGGGGAAUUUGGGACGGGAAGGGCCGGAAGAGGUGCUUUGGUGGUUCUGGUGAGAAGAUGGGGCGUGGGAUGGGUGAGUGGAUUUUAUUGCUUUUGCUGAUUGGGAGUAUGUUAUGAACCUCCGCGGAGUAGAAGGAGUAUCCGAGGUGGAUGAAAAGAUCGGAGUGCGGCGAGAGGUACCAUUUGUCGGUCGAUGUCUGUUCAGCCUCUAUAUUUUCUUAUUCAGAUGUGUAACCUCGAUAACAGCAAUACCAAAAC